AUGCGGGCCCCCCCCGGCGCCCUGCCCGUCCUGGCCGUGCUGCUGGCGGGGCUGAGCGCGGCGCCGAGCCGGGGGCAGCUGCACGGCGAGAAGGGCAUCUCCGUGCCCGACCACGGCUUCUGCCAGCCCAUCUCCAUCCCGCUGUGCACCGACAUCGCCUACAACCAGACCAUCAUGCCCAACCUGCUGGGCCACACCAACCAGGAGGACGCGGGGCUGGAGGUGCACCAGUUCUACCCGCUGGUCAAGGUGCAGUGCUCGCUGGAGCUCAAGUUCUUCCUGUGCUCCAUGUACGCCCCGGUGUGCACCGUGCUGGAGCAGGCCAUCCCGCCCUGCCGCUCCAUCUGCGAGCGCGCCCGGCAGGGCUGCGAGGCGCUGAUGAACAAAUUCGGCUUCCAGUGGCCCGAGCGGCUGCGCUGCGAGAACUUCCCCCGGCACGGCGCCGAGCAGAUCUGCGUCGGGCAGAACCACUCGGAGGACGGCGGCUCCUCGGCAGCGCUGCUCACCAGCGCCGCGCCGCCCGUCGCGCACGGCACCCCCGGAGCGCCGCGCUACGCCACGCCGGAGCGGCCGUUCCACUGCCCGCGGGCGCUGAAGGUGCCCGGGUACCUCAACUACAAAUUCCUGGGCGAGAAGGACUGCGCGGCGCCCUGCGAGCCGGCCCGGCCCGACGGCCACAUGUUCUUCAACGAGGAUGAGAUCCGCUUCGCCCGCGUCUGGAUCCUGGUCUGGUCCGUGCUGUGCUGUGCCUCCACCUUCUUCACCGUCACCACCUACCUGGUGGACAUGCAGCGGUUCCGCUACCCCGAGCGGCCCAUCAUCUUCCUGUCGGGCUGCUACACCAUGGUGUCCGUGGCUUACAUCGCCGGCUUCGUGCUGCAGGAGCGCGUGGUGUGCAACGAGCGCUUCCAGGAGGACGGCUACCGCACGGUGGUGCAGGGCACCAAGAAGGAGGGCUGCACCAUCCUCUUCAUGAUGCUCUACUUCUUCAGCAUGGCCAGCUCCAUCUGGUGGGUCAUCCUCUCCCUCACCUGGUUCCUGGCCGCCGGCAUGAAGUGGGGCCACGAGGCCAUCGAGGCCAACUCGCAGUACUUCCACCUGGCCGCCUGGGCCGUGCCGGCCGUCAAGACCAUCACCAUCCUGGCCAUGGGGCAGAUCGACGGCGACCUGCUGAGCGGCGUCUGCUUCGUGGGGCUCAACGGCAUCGACCCGCUGCGGGGCUUCGUGCUGGCGCCGCUCUUCGUCUACCUCUUCAUCGGCACCUCCUUCCUGCUGGCCGGCUUCGUCUCCCUCUUCCGCAUCCGCACCAUCAUGAAGCACGGCGGCACCAAGACGGAGAAGCUGGAGCGCCUGAUGGUGCGCAUCGGGGUCUUCAGCGUGCUCUACACCGUGCCGGCCACCAUCGUCAUCGCCUGCUACUUCUAUGAGCAGGCCUUCCGCCAGCACUGGGAGCGCAGCUGGAUCAGCCAGCACUGCAAGAGCCUGGCCAUCCCCUGCCCGCUGCACUUCACGCCCCGCAUGACGCCGGACUUCACCGUCUACAUGAUCAAGUACCUCAUGACCCUCAUCGUGGGCAUCACCUCGGGCUUCUGGAUCUGGUCGGGCAAAACGCUGCACUCGUGGAGGAAGUUUUACACGCGGCUCACCAACAGCAGGCAGGGCGAGACCACGGUGUGAGCGGCAGGCGAAGGGCUGCCUCCCUCCCUGGCUCCCUCUUUCUCUCUCUCUCUUCCAGUUAUUAUUUUUUGUUUGUUUGUUUUUUGGGUUUUUUUUUUGUUUGUUUUGUUUUUUUUUGUAAUUAAACCUGUAAAUAGCACUUGUAAAUUUAAUUAUAUAUUUCUAUUUAAAGAAAAGAAAAAAAAAAAAAAGAGGGGGAAAAGAAGCCAAAGCCGAGUGCUGGGCUGUGCUGGGCUCCGGGCUGCCAGAGAGCCAGCAGGCAGGAACGGGGAGCAGAGCAGCCACGGAGCAGAAAGCGCCGUGCUGUCAGCGCUUUUCUGGCGGCCUGCCCAGGAGCCGGGCCGUGGUUGGGGCUCUCCUCGGGGCUCUCCUGCUGCGUCCUCCCCACCUCUGCAACUGCAAAUACAGAGAGUGAAACAAGCGCUGCUGUUCUC